UAGAAAAUCAAAUAUGAGGCACAGGGAAAAACAGUAGUUGAAAACGGUGCAGUACAGGUCCAAGACCCAUCUACUAGAAGCUCCCUCAUCAUGAGUUCAGAAACCACUGGCCAAUUCCUUAUAGUGAAGACAGAGGAAGCAGCAGAAGGACGCCACAAGUGCCCUGUUAGUGACUCUCACAUUCACAAAGAAGAUGUGAAAAAAAUUUGGAAAGAGUGCCAAGAGGAGAGCUUCUGGUACAGAGCUCUUCCCCUCUCUCUGGGUGGCAUGGCUGUCACUGGGGGCCUAAUUUACAAUGGUGUUUGGAACUCAUCUAAGAGACUUGGUCCCUUUCCCAAACUAGCAGUUGCAGGGAUUCUUGGAUAUGCAGUAGGAAAAGCCUCCUAUGUUGGAACUUGCCGAAGCAAAUUCAAGGAACUUGGUUUUAAAGAUGGACCAGGAUUUGGACCAGGAUAUGGACCAGGAUCUGGACCAGGAUUUGGACCCAAGUCUUGGAAAGGUCAUCCUGCUCAAGAACAAAGGGGCUGCCAUCACGUAUGUAAAGAAUGCAAGAAAGAAGCUGAACCUGCUGCUGCAGAAAAAGUUUAAGUCCAAAACUGUGGGACAAACACACAAGAGGCCUCUGUCUCCAUGGUUCUUUAUGUUUCCAUGCCUCCAUUUAUCAAAUAAAAUACAUUCGGCUUGUACUCAGCUACAUUUUAAUUAUUAUGAUAUGUCUUUUGUGUGUAUGCAGGGGAGUUGGGUUUGUGUGAGGGGUGGGGGGGUUUGUACAAUUUUUAAACAUAUAAAUCUCUUUUUGCUACAUAUAUGUUUGAAAAGUGCUUUAUAUAUAAAGUUUGAUGGAUUGAAAGUUUUCUUCUUUCCAUCUGUUGCUUUUCACUAAGUAUCCACUAGGAGGCCCAACACUCCUAUGUAUGAUGGGAAAGACCAAUUUCACGUUUGAAUGAAAACAAGUUUGUGUGCAAGUUCCUUACAGGAAGUUUAACAAAGGUGAUAAUCCAUAAGUUAUUUGGUUUAAUUUUCAAGAAAAUAACAGGUACAGUGUUAGUUAAAAUAUAAAAUAACCAGUCUAGCAAUAUCAUUUUCCCCCACACUUUCAGCUGUGUGAGGGAAGGAAAUGGCAGUUUUCUGUUUUAAUGUAGAUUAUAAGCCUUUUGUGUCUCUAUUUAUAAUUUAUUGUAUUGAUGUAUGUUAUGAACUUCUGUCAUUUACUCACUUCUGUCAGCAUAGAGGUAAGAGACCGUUUGUAUUCCUCAAGUCUUAUGAGCUACUACAAAUCCAGUUCAAAUGUAAAGCUCUGCUAUAUCCAGAAAUAAAAAUCAACUCCAUCAAGUCAUGUUUUCAUAUUUUGAAAAGUAAGAAUUUGUUUUGCACUUGACCGUCAUUCAGAAAAACUCUUAUCCUGCUAAUAUUGUAUGCAAAUUUAAUCAAAAGUGUUCUGAAAAACUAAAAGAAGUAAACAGUUCUUUCCAACUUUUUUCUUCCCGUGUGACUUUAAUUACUGAACAGUGUGAAUCUGAGUUUGAGCUAGAGUGUUCUCACAUUUUUGUGUCUCCACAGAGCUGAAAUAGAUUUAAGGCUUUACCAGGAAAUCCUUAAUACAGUUUAACACCUGGAUACAACAGAAUCUGUCCACAACAACAGCCUUGGUGCCAUGAGGUUAAAAUGUGACAUCAUCAAAAUUAUUAUUCAGGGCAGAAGGACCACUCGGUCCUUUUAAAAAACAAAAGUGACCCUGAUCAGAGUUAUCUGUAGUAGAUCUACAAGCAAAAAAUAGGUAAAUGGAGUCUGGCUACACGGGUGCAGUUCCUCACCUUUUCCAUUUCACAUAAUGACAGGAUGCAAAUGUUUUGUGGUGUUCUGAAAAUCAAAAGGAAGUAAACAUUUACCGGAUAGCAUUGUUAUUGAUGGAUGAAUGAAUGUUGACAAUUAUAAGAAGAUUUAGUUCCUUUUUUAAAAUUUUUUACAACAAACCAUAACCUGAGUUGAGUAGUAACCGAUUAUAUGGGAUCGGUAUUCAGAUAAGUAUUUUAAUGAUCCUUGUGAUUGGGGUUGAUGUCAAUGCGGUAAACCACAUUUUCUGUUCUGUGAAUGUCAACAGUUUACUUGGUAAAGUUCUGCCUGUUUUGGUUAUUGUGGUGAUGGAAGGCGCUGUGCCUUUAAGAGUGCGCCUUGAUUUCUGAGAUUGGGUGGAAGAUGAUAUCUCGUUCCCACUGGACUUGGUGUGUGUGCUGCUCGUGCUGGUGUGGGUUGUGGCCAUAACA